ACAUGCGAGAACACAGCUAACAUCUCAUCUUCUUUCAUUGGGCGGAACUCAGAUGCUCAUGUCGACACACUAGCUUGCUCAAACAUCAUUGAAAAGCACGAUCUUGGAGCGCGCCAGACAAAUGUCUGCGCUGGUAUCUGUGCCACCAACUACUUUACUCCCUUUGGUGGUAGUCCAAACCCUUACGAUGGUCAAGUCAUCUCGGAUACUCUCUUGUAUGAUGGUCAGAACAUCGGUAAAUAG